AUGAAAGAUUUUAUUGCAGUCGUAGCCCCGUUCAAGAAGAAUUAUACGUUUAGGCUGGAGACAGAAGAAAACACGAGUAUUCUUAAGUCAGACUGCAGCAAAAGGGAAAUAACAGUCAUUGCAUCAGAAGAGACUGACAUACCAUGCAACUACGUCUUAGCAAGUACUGCAGAGACAGCACCAGAAACUGUUGAAAUAAAUGGGAAAACCAUGCAUAUAACUGAAGUGAAAUACUUCAAGGCAAAGACAUUCUUCCGAAAAGAUGAAAAAGAGAGUGGCUCUAAUGUGCGUGCUAAGACCAUAACUGAACUCUCACUGGAAUUUGGGAGUGCCGCAUUUGCGAGGUCAUUUAAGAAGAGAAAGCAAAUGAACGAAGUGACAAAAGAGACAGAAGACACAGGAAAUAGUCUCAUGCAAGAGAAACUAGCAUCAAAUGGGGCAGAUAUGUCACAGACACCAGUACCAAUGGAAUCUGAUCUAGAGCCAGUCUUCCCAAAGAAAAAUACAAGUGCAAAGAAGCCCAUUGAUAUAUACACACUAGAAGGCAUACUUGGGUUCAGUCCCUUUGCAGUAAUUGAAGAGUCCAUCCACCUUCUGAAGGAUAAUGAAAUAUCUGUUGGUACUUUGACUGAGUCAGUUCUGAAGAAAAGUCAGUUUAAAUAUGAAGAAGAAAAAGACCUUUCUGUCUGGGCACUCGUAUUCGACAGUAUAUCCAAGAUAUUGGAAGGUGUCAGAAAGAAGAAGCUAACUUAUUUGUACGAGAUGGAAGACCCAAUACAAGCUGUAAUGAUAAAAAAGAUAGUAAAGCACUUUAUAGGCCCAAUUCUAGCACACAAACCAAUUAUCUUAGAUAAAAAGACGCACAGUAGACUAGUUGUGCGCAUAAUUAUCAUGCUCCUUUUAAGGUCAAAUGGUGUGCUAAACAUACAGACGUACCCGCAAUGCUUCUUUAAAAUGGGAAUUGAUGCCAUCAGAAAAUUACUGAAGGAAAUUGGCUGCGUAAAGGCAAACCCCAGGGACUACAAGCCCUCUGAGAGGCAGCAUGCCAGCAUGAUAUACAUUCUGUCCAUGGAUGCAGAGUGA